GCUUCCUUCCGGCAGCUCACAGAAGGUGAUUUUUCCUGCUUUGAAUUGCUGUCUUUACAGUCUAUUUAAAACAAACGCCUGCAUGAGUUGAACCCUGUGGUAGUGAUGCCCUUGGAGGUGAAAUGGCCAUUCCCACAGCGCCCCAGCCUGGGCUGGAGACUCUCAAGUUCCCUGGUCAUGGGGAUGGUGGGGUCCUACAGCUACUUCUGGACCAAGUACUUAAACUGUAUGACAGUGCACAACCAGGAAGUCCUGCUGGAGCUCAUUGAUGAGCGACCCCCUGACACGCCCCUCAUCACCCUGUCCAAUCACCAGUCGUGCAUGGAUGACCCACACAUCUGGGGCAUUCUCAAGUUGCGGCACCUCUGGAAAUUCAACAAGAUGAGGUGGACUCCUGCUGCCUCUGACAUCUGCUUCACCAGGGAGCUUCACUCUCGCUUCUUCAGCCGGGGGAAGUGUGUACCCGUGUGUCGAGGAGAUGGAGUGUAUCAGAAAGGCAUGGAUUUCAUCCUGGAAAAACUAAAUGCUGGGGAGUGGGUGCACAUAUUUCCUGAAGGAAAAGUCAACAUGACCCAGGAGUUUAUCAGAUUAAAAUGGGGAGUUGGGCGAUUGAUAGCCGACUGUUCACUCAACCCCAUAAUACUGCCUCUGUGGCAUGUAGGAAUGAAUGAUGUCCUUCCCAAUAAAUCCCCAUACAUCCCCAGGGCUGGACAGAAAAUAACUGUGUUGGUGGGGAAGCCAUUUACCGUCAGACACCUGGUGGACACACUGAGAUCUGAGAACAGGAAUCAAGUAGAGAUGAGGAAAGCCCUGACCGACUUCAUCCAGGGGGAGUUCCGCAACUUGAAAACCCAGGCGGAGGCCCUUCAUCAGCGGAUAAAGACCACUGAGCGAUAGCCAGGCUCCCCUGCUGAGGCCUGUGCUUCUCCCCAGAGGAGAGGGGACUGUGUAAAGUGCAAAAGAGCCAAAACUUGGACAUGCCGAACUUCAGAACUCACAAAUAACAGUCAGCUGAGACUGACGACUUUCGAACCCCAGUGGAUCACAGACAUAGGGAGUUAGAGUCGCAGUAAACCCAGGCUGUUUGUGAGGAUGCUGAACGUUGUUGCCUCAGGGGAAUCUGCCCAGCGACAACUGAGAGUCCAUUUCACGUCUACGCCAGAGCUAAGGGGUAACGUCAGCACUCGAGGAAAAACAGCCUCCUGCUAUCUACACCACACAUCUUAGUCAUCACAUGGUUUUAAAGCAGCAACAAGUGUAACGCAAGUUUUUAUAGGAUAUUUUCACCUCACUGACUGCUCAUGCCUCCAUUACCACAGAAGUGCAGCUGACUGUUAGCCAUUUGAAUGAAACGUUCUGAACACAAAAGUGCUCACAUUCAUGUGUUUAUUUUGAGUUUGAUUAUAAUGAGGGGUGUAGGUUCAACUAAGUGAUGGACUACAUUUAAAUUUGUUUUUGGCUUGAUUGCUUGCUCCAGAUUUCCUAGAAGUACCCACCUGUAUGAAAUGAGGAUAUUACUUGAUGCAUGCAAGAUUUAACAAAAUAUUUUUUGUUUUCGUCAAUCAAUAGAAUGCAUUCGAAUUGAAUGUCAACUGAACAUGCGUCAGUUGGAUUUCAAGCAAGUGAAGAAGACAUGCUGUGAAAAAAUGUUAAGCUUAACGUUUACUUAGCCAAAUUAUGUUAUCCUUCUUUCUGUAAACAUUACCUGAACUGUGUUAAGCACAACGAAGGUAAUCAGCCUAGAACUUGGGAAAAACAGGGAGCCACUGAGUUGUGGGAUCCAUCUCAUCAGCUGUGAGCUGUGACUGAAGCCACAGUUUUUUCUACUGUGUAUUGGUAAUGCUAUGCACCCCUCCUUUAAUUUAACUGCCAUUUUUCUGUAUUGUGUAUAUGAAGUAUUUUGUCACCAAAUGUUUUACUUGAUGAGUUAUACAUGCAGGCAACAAUCCUGUAAUAUAUGAUGUAAUUUAUUAGCUACCAACAGAAAUACAUUUGCCUGCUGGGAAUCAAAGCUGUGACUUGUUUCACUCUUUGUGUGAAUCAAUAAAGUAUUGAUUUUCUAUCA